CGCAAGCCAACAACAAAGGGAAAUCGGUGAUAAGCCACGGAGGCCAUGGGAGCCAUGUCGCCAGCCAAGGGCUCGUGGACAAAAAGUUUGCAUAACGAGAAAUGUGAAGAGAGGAAAAGGGUUAAGAGUCAGCAGUACCAGGAAUUGCUUCAUUUCGUCGUUUCUUAUUUUAUUUCUGCUUUCCUUCCGCUUGAAAUAGUUAAGCCCCUUAACACCUUUCGCGCUGCUUCUUGUCUUUUGCCCGACUUACUGUCUAUGAAUGUUAAUCGCUGCCAAGAAUUGGUCAAACCCCCUAGAAUUCGUCUCUUACACCAUUACACCCAGUAACAUGCUGCGAUGCGCUCACCAUGGAGGCAAAAUAAAAACCCUCACCGCGACCGCCCUCUGCGGCCGUCCACCCCUCGGAGGCGACAGAGCCGGCCGCAGCAAGGGCCCGCGGAAACCUUACCCAAGAUGCGCCCCAAACUCCUUCCGCCGCUGGUGAUUCCUUUCCGGCAGUCGCCCGAACCGGUCUUGCUUCACGUUGCCUUUCAGCAUAACGUCAAGCCCCAAGUGCAGCAGUACCAGCAAUGGCAGCAGCAGCAGCAACGAGAAGACCCGCCUCCGCCAGCGUACCAGGCGGAGCGCCAGACCUGGCACUACGCGCUUUCUCCGUAUCUGCUACAGCAGCAAAAGGAUCUCCCUACAACACCGGCCUCGGAGCCGGACUCGGAGGAAGCCGUUGAUGACCUUGCGCUGUUCCAGUUCCAUCACCCCUGCCUGCUCCCGCCGCCGACGAUUCCUGAUCUCCCGCCGACGUACUACUCCUCACGCAAAAGCAAACCCCAACGUAUCCCGACGGUGACGGCUAGAGGAAGACGGCUGCAGAGACAGGGUACGAUCCGACGCCAGGGGAGUAACAGGGUUGGAGGAACAGCAGCACCAACAGCAGCAGCAAGUACAACAAGUACAACAGCAUCAGUGCCGUCACAACCUACAUCAUCCCGCCCAGCCUCGCCCUCACGGACCAGGACUGGGACUACUAGGACCAGGUCCAAGUCCACGCAACGCUCUCGCUCCCGGCCUAGAUCUAGGUCUCGCUCCCGUCCUUGCUCCGAGUCGCGACCAGAGAACCGUCUCCGCUGGACAACGGGCACCAUUGUUGCCUACCAGCCCUCUGGUUCUCCCGCCGGACCCGGAACUGUCAAGCCUACUGGGAUUAAUCCCCAAACAGGGAAGGACGGGGACGGGGACGGGAACGGGGGUGUGGAACAGGGUGAGGAUGAAUACACGCCAGCUACUACAUCUGUGUACAGCCCGAGUCCGAUGACUCCCUUUCUGGCACGGUAUGCGGCGGUUGAGGAGGUGUUGAGGGAUAUGAUCCAGGGGCAGGGUCAGGGGAAGGGCCAGGACCAGGGUCAGGGUCAGAUUGAAAGCCCGAUAACACCAUUCCUGAGAGAAAAGGUUCAACAAGUUGGAGAGGACGUGGAUAACUUGAGCAUGAACUCUGGGGCACGGGAAACGAACCGUGACCGGGAUAGUGGCGUGGCGGGGUUGAAACUCCAAGUUCCAUGUCAAUUUCAUGUUGAACUUGAACAGGAUGCGGCAACGAUGGCCAGGGGCCUGUCAGGGCACAUGCACAUGCACAUGCAGCGGGCGGCGAGCGGUACUUCCAGUUCCAGUUCCAGUUCAAGUUCUUCAGGGGCUGGGCCGAUGCAUGUGGUGCCCCCGAGUCUGGGUGCGCAGCGCGGAACUGCAGGUGGUACCGAGACGGACUUGGACCGGGCAUUGGUGGCACUUGAACUUGAAGAAUAUGCUGCAAGGGAGCAGGAUGCGUUGAAGGAGUUGCUGGGGGUUAUUGAUUCAUAUUUGGACCAUGGAGAAUCGGCUUCAUAUGGAGAGGGGAUGGGGAAUGUCGUGAAUGGUGCGGUCGCGGGUACUCCUGGCAUGGAGAACCGGGCGAAGAGUGAUGAUAUGGUGGGUUGCCCUGGGCUUGGUGCUGCGUGGUGGAAGGGAUUGAGGGAAUCUGAAGCGUUGCUUUGACAGGGCCAGGUCAUAAGAUUGUAUAUACUUUCGAUACCAGACCAAUCGCUUUCACAACGAACGGUCUGGUGCUAUUCGACAUGGUUUGGUUCGGGCCCCUGUACCCAGAAACCAGGGGCUGUCGACUGUUCAUAGUUGUUCAUC